AUGCGCUCCUCAGAAGGCAGGGAGAUUUUCAGAGAAUUUCUGCGCUCUGAGUACAGCGAAGAGAACCUGUUGUUCUGGCUGGCCUGUGAGGAGCUGAAGAAGGAGACGGACCCGACAGCGAUCGAUGAGAAAGCCAGGAUCAUCUACGAGGACUAUGUCUCCAUUCUAUCGCCGAAAGAGGUAGGAGGCAUCAGGUUGGAAGCAGGAGUUUGACUGGUACCUAGUAUUACUCAGUAUCACAUUGUUGCUUGAUUUAGCUUUAGAGUUACUUUAGAGUAGCACUUUCGGGACUUCCAUUGGUUCCGUUGUGGAAAAUGAAAGCAAGUACACCAAGUAUUUUGACUAUAUUUGACAUGCAUGUAUUUGACCCAGGUCUGAUUCCAAGACUUAUUGAAACCCCCAUCUCAAAGUGGGUGAGGAGGAGGUGGGAGGUGAGCUUAUCUCCAUUGAUAACAUGACCGAGUGGCUCUUUGUGUGAUAGCAUUGUCACUGUUCUCUUCCCCUCCUCUGCCCCCAGGUGAGCCUGGAUUCACGGGUGAGGGAAGGCAUCAACCUGAGCCUGGCGGAGCCCAGCAACAUGAUGUACGAGGAGGCCCAGCUGCAGAUCUACACCCUGAUGCACAGAGACUCCUACCCCCGUUUCCUCAACUCCUCUGUUUACAGAGACCUUCUGGACAGCAAGAGAAGCUCCUGCCUUGACACCUAA